AUGGACCAGCAGCUGGAGAUUGAGACAGAUAUGAUGGAGACAUUCAAAAAACGUGCACCAACAGCUGUAAAAGCCAUCCGUGCAUUCGCUGAAAAGCACAUGAAGACCAAGGACGUGCGUCUUGCACCAACUUUGAACAAGGAAAUCUGGAAACGAGGAGUCAAACACGUACCACACCGAAUGAGACUCCGUCUCUCAAGGAAGCGUAAUGAUGCUGAAGAUGCCAAGGAAAAAUUAUACACAUAUGUUGAAGCUGUUCCAGUGGCUAAGUUCAAAGGUUUACAGACCGUAACCAUCGACGAAAAACGAAACACCAUCAUAAUUCUGAAUAUGUCUGGAGUGAACAUUGAUUCCCUUUUCAAGCUCCCAGCUAGACCUAAUAAGAGGAAAAAACUGGAUGAUCCCGACGAGUUUCUAGAACGUUUAAGGCAAAAUCAGGAGGAUGAGGAGGUUUCGGCAGCGAAAAUUGCCAAACACAAAGAUGAAGAAGAAGACGAAGAUGAAGAUAUGGAUGGCCGAUUUCAUGGUGACGGAUUGUCUGAAGAACAGCGCAAAAUAUUGGAAUUGGUCGAUCUAGCUGAAGAGGCUCCAGCUGCAAUUGACUUGCCAACGAUGCGUAAAAUGGUGUUGAAGCUUGAGAAAAACAUCACGAAGAACAACCAGAUGCGGUCAAGAUACCCUGAUGACCCAUUAAAGUUUGUGGAAUCAGAGGCGGAUCUAGAUGAGGAAAUCAAAAACAUGACUGCCCUAUCGUCUGUACCCGAGCUCUACCCAGAACUGAUACAAUUGAAGGCAGUGGACUCGCUUGUAUCGCUGAUACAGCACGAGAACACAGAUAUAUCCAUAGCAUCUAUCGAAUUGCUGAAUGAGCUCACAGAUGAAGAUGUAGUCGCCCAAUCCUCUGAAGAGGGUGAAUUGGGAAUGAGUGCCUUUGUAAAAGAGCUUGUAGAAAAAGAAGUGUUGGUUGUUUUGACGCAAAACAUGGCGAGAUUGAAUGAGGAGCAAGCUGAAGAUCGGCAAGCUGUUUUCAAUACCAUCAGUACCGUGGAAAACAUGAUAUCAAUAGACCCCAAGAUUGCCGAAACUGUAGUAUCCACCACCAACUUCAUGACGUACCUUCUCCAACGCAUACGCCCGAAAGCAUUCGACUCAAACAAACAGUAUGCCAGUGAAAUGUUGUCCAUCUUGGUACAAAGCUCUAGACCUCCACGACUCAAGUUAGGAGAAUUGGAAGGUGUUGAUAUCAUGCUGCAAGUGCUAUCACAGUAUAAACGAAGAGACCCGCGGGAUGCUGAUGAGUAUGAGUAUAUGGAGAAUGUAUUUGAUGCUCUGUGUUCCGCUCUUGCGGAACCGGAAAUCAAGAAAAAGUUUAUUGAUGCUGAAGGGCUCGAGUUGAUGCUGCUUAUGCUCAAGGAGAAAAAUGCGUCGAGAAUGAGAGCAUUGAAAGUACUCAAUCAUGCCAUGUUGGGAAAAGAUGGUAAAGACACGUGCGACAAGUUUAUACAGGUGUCUGGACUCAAGACUAUCUUUGCAGUCUUUAUGAAGAAGGGUAUCAAGCAACUUAAAAAGACAUACAAACAGUAUUCAGAGACUGAAGAGGAUGAACAUGUGGUUUCCAUCAUCACGUCGCUGCUAAAAAAUGCUCUGACUAUCGAUAUCCGCCAACGGCUCCUGAACAAGUUUGUCGAAGAAGACUUUGAAAAGAUUGACCGUCUGAUAUCCAUGUACGAACAGUAUACAGCCAAAGUAAGAAUAGCUGAUCAAGAGAUUGAACGACAAGAGGAACGUCGUCAGAAUCGUGAUCCAGAUGAUGACGAUGCUAUGGAUGAAGAGGAACGCAAGCUGGACUAUUAUCUCAGAAGACUAGAUGCUGGAUUGUACACGUUACAGUUUGUAGCGUAUACCAUCGCCUCGAUAGUAGAUGCUAGUGAUGAGAUUCGAGAGGUUGUCGUCAAGGCAUUGGAAAAGAGAGGCAGUUCUCUUCAAGAGGUUGCUCUGAUAUUAGAUGAGUACGCGUCUAAUUUUGGAGAUGGGAAUACCGAUGCAGCUCAACAACAGGAGGAAUCUGUGGAACUGAAGCGACUGGUACAAAUGCUCAACCCUUCAUUAGCCGAAUAG